UGUUACACAGAAAAUGGACGGGACAAACAAGGAUAGACGGUUGUGAAAUAGAGUUUUUUUGGACUAAAUUUUUAUAAUUAUUUAUUUUUGCAAAAUGAUAAAAACGCGCAUUGUGAAAAAAUAAGCACGCGUUUUUUUAUUGUCACAGUCAAAGUUUUCAGUAUUUAAUUGAUCUGCUCGCAAACAACUGCACUGAUCCAUCUGUGAUGGCGGAGCGAGGGGCACACUUGACAACCGCAGCUGCAGCUGAGGACAGACCGUCAAUAUUUGAAGUUUUAGCUCAGGACUCUUUGAUGAGUGCUGUCAAACCUGCCUUACAGCAUGCUGUGAAGAUCCUCGCCACAUCUAACCCUGCUCGUUACGGAGUUCUUUGGAGGAGGUUUGAUGAGAUUUAUGCCAUCCUGGAUUUGCUGUUGCAGCAUAAUUUCCUCUCCCACACCAGCGCAUCAUUUUCAGAGAACUUCUAUGGUCUGAAGCGGGUUGGAACAGACAGCACACGUCCUGCCCACUUGGGACUCCACCGCAGACAGCACUUGCGCUCCCUGCUCCUCUUGGCUCUCCUACCUUACCUGCACACCAAACUGGGAAAAAUCCUGGCUCGACAGAGAGAUGAAGAUGACUUCUCUAUCCGCUUACCGCAAUCCUUCACACAGAAGUUGUACAGGGCUUUUUUGGCUGCAUACCCAUUUGUGUGCAUGGCCUGGGAUGGCUGGGUAUUUUGCCAACAGCUUUUGUAUGUUUUUGGCAAAACAAGGACACAUUCACCCCUUCUGUGGCUGGCAGGGGUUAAAUUGUCAUACCUCACAGCUCAUGACAUCCGCAGCCUUGAUCUGAAGCCAUCAGGCCUGGCUCUGAGCCCUAGUCAAAGCAUUAGAGAGAAACUUCAGCACCUGAUCUCUAUAGCCGUUGGUGGUGUUGCUGUUUCUCUUUCCACCAGCCUAUCGAUCGGAGUGUUUUUUCUGCAGUUUCUGGAGUGGUGGUAUUCAUCAGAGAACCACAGCACUGUUAAGUCCUUGACCUCUCUUCCAACCCCUCCACCACCUCUCCACUUACAUAACCAGGACACUUCACCCACACACAUCAAAGUCUGCCCGCUCUGCAGGAAAGUGCGCACCAAUGAAACUGCGCUUUCCACUUCAGGCUAUGUGUUUUGUUACAGGUGUAUAUAUGUGUAUGUCAAAGCCAACCACAGAUGUCCCCUUACUGGCUAUCCAUCUGGACUGCAGCACCUCAUUAAAAUAUACACACCUGAUGGAUAGACUUGCCAUAGUGUCUAAGGCAAAUACUGUUCAUUUUAUUCCAGGUACCUUUUUCAUUCACUAAUACAAAUUCUCUGAUUUUAAAUGAUUAUUUCUGUUUCAGUUUUUAUCCAACAGAAAGCUAAAAGGUUUGUGGUAUUAGUUCACUGUGAAGUGGUUAUCAUCCAUCAAUUUGUUAAAUAUGUAAAUAUUUAAUUUGGCUGUGUACAUACUGGAUGUAAUCCUCUGUUAAUCAUGCUUGUACUCAUCUUUUACAAAUAUAGCUCUGUCCCAAAACAGUUUUGGAACAUUUGCUCUUUAUCUAAUGCAACAUUACCUCUGAAUGAAGUCUUCUCUUUUAAAACGCUUUAUUAUUGAAAUAUAAUGCUAAAACUGUUGAUUGAAACCUGAAUUUGGAGAUACUGUAGUGCACGCACACAGUAAAAGAAUCCGACAUAAUUGUCAGAUAGACUCAAUUUUAAAGCUAAUUUCUUCAGUUAUUGUGUUGACUUCUAAAAGUUUAAAGUACUUGUUACUCCACCCUUGUAAAUUGGACCAAGUAUUUGGUGUAUUGGUGGGGCUGAUACGUGUUCUUAUGUACAAGUGAAGAUCUGCUUAAUAAUUUUUAGAUAUUUUCAAGAACAUUAUGAACAGCUGAACAAGUUUAUUAAAAGGUAAUAAU